AUGGGCGAAGCCCCAGGCUUCUGGAUUGUCGCGCGGACUGAUAGACCAGCGGGUCGUGUCAUCCUGGAGAACCCUGGAAAACCCAAGCGUAUCAUAACGGCUGAAACUGCCAACCAUGAAAUGGAACUACGCCAUUUUACUCAGCAACAGCACCCUUCACGAUUUGGCACCGAUUUCUGGACUUUCACCUCCAAGACGAUACAAAUACCGAAUCCUUUGAUGAAGUGUUUCUUAGCCAUGGGGCCUGUUAAGAUAUUGUGGACUUGA